AAAAGUUCCUUAUCUUCAUUGUUCAUAGCCAAACUUAAUAUCCUCGGCCGCAAGAUUACUUAACAUGCCUCAUAUCGAUUCUUCGUCGAAGAUCAUCGAAGGAGAAGUCUUCAUGCAAACCAACAAUCUUAUCUCAACUAUCCUUACCAAAUUCCACGCCGGUUAUUUCAAAAUAAGCCUCUCCUUAUGCAGCCAAGCCCUCUUAUGGAAAACACUAGGUGAUCCCAUCACAAAUACCGACAACAACCAUUUUCUUCGAAGAGCCUUGAUCAAAAUGCUUCCCUCCGCCGCCUCCAUCUUCAUUUGGUCAAUCUCCUUACUAACCCUAACCUCACUUUCAUUCAUUUACGUCCUAAAAUGCAUGUUUAAGUUCCAAACGGUGAAACACGAGUUCAUGCACCACGUCGGUGUCAAUUACCUUUUCGCUCCUUGGAUAUCGUGGUUACUCCUUCUCCAAUCCUCCCCGUUCUUAACUAUAUUCCCAAAGAUCACCAAUUGUUAUUUGGCGCUAUGGUGGGUUUUUAUCGUACCCAUUUUAGCCCUCGAUGUGAAGAUAUACGGGCAAUGGUUUAUUAAAGGGAAGAGGUACUUAUCGAACGUGGCUAACCCGACGUGCCAAAUGUCGGUUAUUGGAAACUUGGCAGGAGCUUGGGCAGCGGGGAGGAUGGAUUGGAGAGAAAGCGCUAUUUUCAUGUUUUCUUUGGGGAUAAUUCAUUAUCUAGUACUUUUCGUGACGUUGUACCAGAGAUUGUCUGGCGAGAAAUCAGUUCCUACGAUGUUUAAACCAGUUUUCUUCUUGUUCAUCGCAGCACCGAGUAUGGGUAGCCUUGCAUGGGACUCGAUUUCGGGGACAUAUGAUAACUCGUCAAAGAUGUUGUUUUAUCUCUCGUUAUUCCUAUUCCUUAUCUUGGUUUCAAAGCCAUCUAUAUUCAUAAAUUCUACGAAGAAAUUCAACAUGACAUGGUGGGCUUAUCCGUUCCCUUUAACAAUGAUAGCAAUCGCGGCAUUUGAAUACUCACAAGAGGUGAGGAGCACGACCGCUCAUUUAUUGAUGAUGGUUCUAUCUCUAAUAUCUGUCUUGGCAUCGGUUCUUAUCUUUCUAUUCACUAUCUUAAAUACUAACACGUUCUUCUUGUCAUCCGUGUCUAUAAGUCAGGUCGAACAUCUUGAUAUUUCAUUUUCUCAAGACUCUUCUAAUGAAGUCGAUCACACCAUACCCAAAUAG